AUGCACCUCCACCACCUCUGCUUUGUGUUACCAUCUGACGGCGAUGACAUACACCCAUUUGAUCACCACAACCGCCGCCUCCCUCCUUCUACACCACCAACACCACCAUCUAAGACCCGAUCAUGUGGUGCUAACCUCCAAGAGGUCCUCCGUAGAACACUUCAUAGAUUCUGUGUAAAAUCACCGCCGGCGAUCUUCCAUGACACCGACGGAGUCCAAUUUUCUAAAGAGACGAUUGUUUCCGGCCACAAUCCCAAGACUUUUACAUACUCGGAGCUUUAUAUAGCCACCAAAGGGUUCAGCCAGGAUGAAAUCUUGGGGAGUGGCGGGUUUGGAAGAGUUUUCCGGGCGGUGUUGCCGAGUGAUGGAACGGUGGCGGCGGUGAAGUGUUUGGCGGAGACGGGAGAGAGGUUUGAGAAGAGUUUCGCGGCGGAAUUGGUGGCUGUGGCCCAUCUCCGUCACCGGAACCUAGUCCCACUACGUGGGUGGUGUGUUCAUGAAGAUCAGCUCCUUCUCGUUUAUGACUACAUGCCAAACCGCAGCCUUGACCGGUUGCUUUUCCGGCGGAUGGAAAACAGUGGAACUCCGGUGCCGGUGCUUAGUUGGGAAAGAAGAAUGAAAAUAGUGAAGGGUUUGGCGGCGGCGCUGUUUUACCUCCAUGAACAGCUGGAAGCUCAGAUCAUCCAUCGUGAUGUGAAAACAAGCAAUGUAAUGCUUGAUUCUCAUUUUAAUGCGAGGCUUGGUGAUUUCGGGUUAGCGAGGUGGCUGGAGCAUGAACUCGGGUACCAGACAAGAACGCCGUCGAUGAACCACCAGUACCAGCCAUGCCGGCUGGUGGACACGACAAGAAUCGGCGGAACAAUUGGUUAUUUACCACCGGAGAGCUUCCAGAAAAAAGGUGUCGCCACCGCAAAAUCUGAUGUUUUCAGUUUUGGCAUUGUUUUGCUGGAGAUUGCUUCAGGGAGGAGGUCAGUGGAUAUUACACUUCCCGAUGAUGAAAUCAUUCUCGUCGAUAAAGUCAGAAGAUUAGCAGACGAAAAGAUGAUUCUCAACGCCGCCGAUGGCCGGCUGCCAAAUGGGUCCUACAACCGUCAUGAAAUGUCCCACAUGAUUCGUCUCGGGUUGUUAUGUACACUCCAUGACCCGAAAACCCGACCCAGUAUGAAAUGGAUCAUCGAAGCACUUUCCGGCGGGAUUUGCGCCACCAUCCCGGAGCUUCCUUCUUUCAAAUCCCACCCUCAGUACAUAUCUGUAACUCGUAGCACCCCCACCACCACAGCCACCACGACUUCCGCCACAACAACCACCACUACUUCUUUCGCAAUUGCUUCAAGUGGCGGCUCAACCACCUUCGCCACCGCCAGGGGAGAAAGCCUGUACAUAACCGCCGAACAAGAACAAGAAAACAGUGCCGAUAUCGGUGACGGAAUGAUCUCUUCUGCACAAAUGAGCCGCCGUCAAUUAAGCUCCUUUCCCAUGGUUGAACCUCCGAGGGAGAUCACCUACAAAGAACUUCUCUCCGCCACUGACAAUUUCUCAGAAUCUAAUCGGUUAUCAGAGGUUGAUUUCGGAACUGCUUACUACGGCGUUCUUGACAACCAUGACAUUAUCGUAAAGCGGCUCGGGAUGAAAACAUGUCCGGCGCUCCGCCUCCGUUUCGCGAAUGAACUCUCAAAUUUGGGGAAACUCCGCCACCGGAACCUGAUACACCUCCGUGGGUGGUGCACUGAACAAAACGAGAUGCUGGUGGUUUACGACUACUCCGCUAAUCGUCUCUUAGGUCAUCUUCUUUCCCAUCACACCCACCGGAAAUCACAGGUCCUAAAAUGGGAUCAUCGCUACAACAUCGUGAAAUCCCUCGCCUGUGCAAUCCGAUACCUUCACGAAGAAUGGGAAGAACAGGUUAUCCACAGAAACAUCACAUCAUCCGCCAUAUACAUCGACCCAGACAUGAACCCUAGGCUCGGAUCCUUCGCUCUUGCAGAGUUCUUAACAAGAAACGAACACGGACAUCACGUAGUGGUCGACAAGAAGGUUUGUGUUCGUGGGAUUUUUGGGUACAUGGCGCCGGAAUAUAUGGAGGCAGGGGAAGCUACAACAAUGGCGGACAUCUACAGCUUCGGCGUGGUGGUUCUGGAGGUGGUGAGUGGGCGGAUGGCGGUGGAUUUCCGACGGCCUGAGGUGCUGUUGGUGAAAAGGGUUCAUGAAUCUGAAGGAUACGAAGGCAAUUAUGAAGAACUGGUGGAUCCAAGAUUAGAUGGAGAGUAUAAUCGGAAAGAAUUGGUGAGGUUGGUGAAGUUAGCGAUGGCGUGCACACAAUCUAACCCUGAUUUAAGACCGACGAUGAGAAUGGUUGUGAGUGUACUUGAUGGCCAUGAUAGAUGCUUCAUAGAAGAAGGGCAAAAGGAAAGUAUAAAUGAAUGGAAAGAAAGAAAUGCAUUAUCUUUGUCACUUAUUAGACGAAUUCAAGCUUUGGGAAUACAAUGA